AUGGGUAACACCAAGAGUGGCGCUGUGUCCAAGGAGAUCCUGGAGGACCUGAAACUCAACACCAAGUUCUCAGAGACUGAGAUUGUCACGUGGUAUGAAAACUUCAAGAAGCAGUGUCCAACAGGGCGCAUCUCAAAAGAAGAGUUUCAGAGCAUCUACAGCAAGUUCUUCCCAGAAAGUGAUGCCCAAACAUACUCCCAGCAUGUCUUCCGUUCCUUUGAUACAAACGACGAUGGCACACUGGACUUCAAGGAGUACAUCAUCGCUCUCCACAUGACAUCAACAGGCAAGACCACCAGGAAACUGGAGUGGGCCUUCUCGCUGUUUGACGUGGACAAGAAUGGAUACAUCACCAAGUCAGAAGUCAAGGAAAUCUGUACGGCAAUUUUCAAGCUGAUUCCUAACGAUGAGCUGGCUAGUCUGGCUGAUGAUGAAAACACAGCUGAGAAGAGGGCAGAUAAACUCUGGAGUGUCUUUGAUAAGGGCGAAGCCGAACGAGUGGCAGAGGGAGAGUUCAUCCAGGGAGUGUUGGAGAAUGAAGACGCUCUUCGUUUGAUUCAGUAUACGCCGUCCAAGUAA